AGAAUAGUUUUCUUUGCCUACCACGCAACCACAAGUAUCAUGAGUGUGGAAAGGGAGGAGGAAGUAGCAGAGGCUCUAAAAGUCGAUGAAAUUGAUGAAGAAGGAGACGGCCGUUGCGAUUUUCAUUUACUUGCGUCUGCAGACACGGCGGACCUGACGGCUCUGUCUGCGGAGGUGCAGGCCAUUGCCCAUCGUUUCAAUGCCGAAUUUGAGGCUGUGUUGGAGGCAAGUGAAGUGGAUUCGAGUGCUGGAUCUGCUAUCGUACAGCGUCUUCUACCCACAGUGGUUGCAGUGUUGGAGCAGCUGGACGAGUUUUACAAAGAUCAUGCGUCCUACAAGGCGGAGGUGAUUGAACUUCGUGAGGAAACCACCUUUCUCCUCAACCAACUGGAUAAGGCAAAGGCCGCGCGCCGCGAUACCGAAGACUUGCUAAUGCGAAUGGAGGAUCAGUUUGAAAGUGAACGCAAGAGCUUGAAUGAGGCGCUAGCGCGAAACGAGACACAGAUUCGACGCCUUGAGAUGAGGUCAAAGAAUGUUGAGGAGCAGCUCGCGCGUAUGGAGCAGAAGGAGCAAGAAUCCUUGAAAGAGAACUCCAAGCUCCACGAGCGAAUCAAUGAGUUGUUACGCUCUCACGCCGAGUUAAACGAUUCCCUAAAACAAUCGGCCGCGAUGCCAGUCUACUCACUGAUGAAGAAUAGGGACCCAGUUACCACAAGAGUGCCAGGAAAUGCUUUCGAUACAACAAGUGCUGGAGUCGGCUUCGAUGAGCUCUCCGCAAUGGAGGGCGAUCUCAGUCCACCGUGUGAUGACGAUCUAGAUGAUCUGAGUCUUAUGGUUGAUAAUAAUUCUGAAUCUGAAGGCAUCCAUGAUAUCGCUGGGAUGCGGAGCGAAGUAAACAAUCUGAUACGGGAGAAUAUGGGGCUGAUGGAGACCAAGUGGGUUUAUCUUAUCUUUUCGGCUUACACUUCGUUUUCACCUAGGAACGCAUUGAAUGUCGUUAAGGAUGACCUGCUUCUACAGAGGGACAGUCUGAAGGCGGAUAAUCAGCUGCUAACAGAGGCGGUGAAACAGUUGACAGAGAAGCAGGCACUGCUACAACAGGAACUAAUCAACUCAGAUCAGAUGCUCACGUCUGCACGAACUGAGUUGGAGUCGUUGAAGGCCAAUGUGGAGAAGUUGAAACGAGAGCUCUCCAAAAAGGGCUUCACCAAGGCUGAGAUUGUGCGUCUCAUCACCGAUCGCAACUACUACAAGGAGCGCUUUUUGGAGCUGCGUGAAGCAAUCAAACUCAUGGAGACAAUUAGAGCAAGCCAGCGUGGGCAUCCAGAGUUGCUGAACGACUUGCCACCCGCUGUCACCGACGUGCAGGUGCAUCAGAACGCCUCACCACACCAUCAGUUGAAAAGUGUUUUUGCUAAAAUCAUGAAUCUCAUAUCUCUUCCUCGCUUGGACUUCGGGUUAGAUACCAUGACUCUCUUAGACACAGACGAUGUAGAAAGGCGGCAAGAGGAAUGUGCCGACGCCAAGGCAGUGGCACCAAUGAGUAAGGAUGCUUCUGCAAACACAUUCCAGUCACAGCGGUGGAUCAAGAUCUGCUUACCCUUAAACCAGGGACCCAUCUUUGGAUGGGUUCAUGGAUUUAGAGGCGUGCGACAAGGCAAAGCUGAGUUAUCCACAGCCAAGAAUUCUACCUCUCUCUGCAGACCUGUCGCAUAUCCUGUGCCCAAAAAGUGCCGCAACAUUGGGCGCCUCAUGCUGCGAAAUGAAGUGCGUUUUGGUUUCCUGGUCAGGGUUGCUAGAGUUAUUACCACUGCGCUAUUUGUGGCAUCUCCAUUGGAAAAAGACUGCACUCAUCACCUCUGGCUCAUCGGUCGAGGGGUCGCGUCGGAAGCGGUAUUAGGAAGGAAGAAAGCGAAGAAUGUCGGCAAGUUGUAUGUCUUUGAUCCACUCCUGUUGACCGAUGCCCUCGUGAGCAUGGAACUCGAUGACGACUUUCUACCUAUAUCUGCGAGCCUCUUCUCCGUGGCAGGUACUGAGUGCUCCCCGUCCCUAGCCAAGAGUAGACGUUUUGUGGUACGAGAUUUUCGGAGUCUUUCUAACUCCAAAACACCAGUCAAACCGCUGAACAACUACCGAGUUUUGAUCGCUGCCUCAGAUGGUCGUUUUCUCGUCUGUGCAACUACUAGCAAUCCCGACGCCGUCUCUGAGAAUGACGUCUGGAAGGUGACUCUCCUCUCCACCUUUAAACUAGCCAAUCCUGGCGAAGCGGCCACUGCAAUCGUCUCUCUCGAUCACCGUAUCUGCUUGGGAGUUCUUAACUCCGCUGGGUCCAACCAGCUAGUGACUCUGAAAUGGCAUCUCGAUUCGGAAACGGUGCCUGGCAACGAUAUCGAGUUAAAUAGUGUUCUAAGGGCAACAGCUCUACCCCUGCCGAGCGAACCAGCUCCCCCUAGUGGGCCUAUCCUUCUUUCUUCUAUUUUUGAACGUUCCUUCUGUUGCCUUGGUACUGCGGGUGGAGGUGGUCUGCAUCGAUUUGACAUCAAUGCUGAUGCAUUUGUUGCUUAUUUAGCGCUACCCUCACAGACACCCUGCCUCCACGCCAUCGCUGUUGACAACGAGUGUGCGACGUCUUCGGCUGAGACAUCCCCUUUGUCGUCUCGUCGUCUCAUUUGGCUUGCGGUGUCAGGUCGGAGUCCACCAACACCGACGACUCAACAGCGUGGCAGUGAAGAGAGCUGGGAGGAGGUGUACCUUGGACCCCUCUCUCGUCUCCUCUCAGUGUGUGCGGAAAAACACGUCUUCCUGCAUAAAAUCGAACUGACCAGUGUCCUCACCUCCAUGAUUGGUACAAACGGUGUGCUGGAUCCGGUAGACCUCACCGUCUCACGUCUCCUUGUGCAGGGCACUCAGUACGUCUGGUUUGCCACACGCUGUGGUCUCAUCGAUGACGCAGAUGGUUCACCGACGGAGGCUCUCAAUCAGGAUGCCAUAUUUCUCAGCUGUCAUUCAUACAGGCGUCCCGUCUCUGCACUGCUAGCUAUCCGAAAUCAGGAGGAAGGUAAAGAAAAAAAGGAUACCACGUCUAGCAACCGGGGAUCAUUCUUGGUCGUUGCCGUUGGUCACGACUAUUCGUACUUACAGACUUUACCGUUCACUCAUCGAGAGUGCCCUUCCGAGUCUCCUCUCGUUUCUGGAGUUGUGAUCAAUUUCAGCGGUGAACCAACGCCUUCACAAUCGCAUUGGUCCUCAUGCUAUUGUUUGGAGCAUCUCCAUAUAACUAACUUGGUAAUGUCGGGGACUGCUACUUUACCCGAUGGUCGCCUGGUUGAUUCGUUGAAAGUUGUCGAACUUAAGAAGGAGCUGGAAGUCCUUGGGUUGGACAAAAAUGGACUUAAGAAGGAUCUUGUGCGACGUCUAUCUGCGGUAGCACGGUGUUUUAAUAGCAGUCUGUUUUGUCGCUAUUGUCUAAUUAUCAAUGUCUGUUUAUUUUCUUUGCAGGCGCUCUCAGAUCCUUUAAAUAAUCAGCCCUCCUCUGGAGUAGAAUUUGGCGAAAAGGUCUCGGACGAAAUGAUUUCUGCGGAUGUUGCAGCAAGGGAGGAGUCUUCUUUAAGUCUUGAUGCGAAAUCGGAUCAAUUGCCUGAAUCAGACAUGGAUCAGGGUUCACCUCCAGAACCCGAUAAAAAUCGAAAUGAGAAAUCGAGGGAACAGAUCGGAAGUAUCAACGAGUUGGAGGCAUCGCUGCUUAGCGUACACCACUCUCCGGAGAAGCUCGAUCACGUAGAACAGGAGAACAAGAAGUCAAUCCAAGAGAAAGUGGAAUCUUUAGUUCCAAUGGGGGCUGUGGCUCCACAAUCUGAAAUCACUAAUCCUCCGAUGGCCCAAGAACACGUUCGUGGAAGCUCGCCACCGAUUGUUGAGGUCAUUGUCGGAAUGCACGAAGAAGAGGAGGAUUAUGGGGAUGAGGAAGAGGGAGAGGAAGUAGAUAACUCUCGGAAGGAGGAACGCUUGGAAAAGUCCGUUUCUGUGGUUGAUUCAGCUCCGAAAACAUCUUCAGCAAAAGGUGAUGCUAAUGGGUCUUCCACCUUCAGAAAACCGGCUUCCCCUCCACCACCUAGCGCUUCCGUUUCGGCUUCAGUAAGGAAGGAGACCCGUGCAGUCGGUUUCACCGUGGAGGCUCCACAACGUGUCAAUCCUGCAGCGGAGGCGAAGUGCCCACCCUCGAGCCUCGUAUAUAUCCGCUGUCUUGUGCGUCCCUUCACUGCUGCCCAACUGGCCACCAUGCUGGAGACACACUUCGGUCGAGCCUCCGAGCUCUGGCUCGAUCGAAUCAAAUCAACUGCUGUUGCCCGUUUUCCCAACGAGGAGGUAGCUUCUAAGUGUCGUGACGGGCUGGACGGUUGUCGAUGGCCCUCCAUUAAUCCACGCAUCCUCCAGUGCGAAUUCGCAUCUGAAGCUCUCCUUAUGUGGCUAAAAGAACACGGCGAGGCGGGUGAUAAGCCUCCGCCAAAACACCUUCUAGGUGGUGGCAGUGUUGCCAAUGUUGCUUUUACAAAUGAAAACGACAGCAGCGUCGAAAGAAAACGUCCGGAAAAGUCAGACGAUUCUGAGAUCAUAGGUGGUGUAAAGAGACGCAGGAUGCUUGGUGGAGAUGGUGCGACAAAGUCGACGGAGAAGGGAGCAGAGGAGAGGAGCAAGCGCGAUAUGAGGGGAGAGGAGGCCUCCAAGUCCCUGGACGAUCUUUUCAAAAAGACUGCAGCAACCCCGAGUGUAUAUUGGCUUCCCCUCACUGAUGAAGCGGCUGCAGCACAGUUGAAGGCGCGUAAACAGACGUAUCUGGCGGAGAGCACUCGCCGUCCUGUGCCCAAACGCAAUGUGGAGGAACGAAGACGCGAAAAUCGGAGUCCCUUCACUGGGGAAUUCGGAAAUGGGCCCACUUCUACCACUGCAUCGAACCCUUUGCUUCCUCCUGACGCACCGGCGCGAGAUAGAAGACCACGAGAAAGAACACCAUCACCGGGAAACAAGCGUGCAAUUCGCGAUCGACGUCGUUCCCCCUCACCCAGACGACCGCGUUAUGCUAACAGAACACCCUCGCCACGAUUUAGCGGAUCCUCCUUUGCUGCCUCAAACGCCACUACUGCCACUGCAGCUGACUCGCGACAUCCGCCUCCACCGUCACCCCCGCCAAGCUACCGUCGACGCACCCCACUGCGUCGAUGA